AUGGCCGCAUCACCACAGAUCACGACAGACACCGCGGCUGGGGCUGCCGCGGCCGACUUCAUGGCCCUCAAUAAGAAAUACACAGAGGAGAAGGAAAAGCGCCAGCGGUCUGACGGCAACGCACAAUACAUCGAGAUGGAGACGGACGCGAAGUUCAGCAAGCUGGCCCAAGACCCAUGGGUCGAUCACGAAAAGCUCAACGCCCAGACGCCGAGCCUCAAGGAUGGCGACGAGGUGAAGUUCAUCAUCCUUGGCGCCGGCUACGGAGGCCUGUUGUUUGCGGUUCGAUUCAUCCAAGCUGGCUUCAAGCCCGAGGAUAUUCGCCUUGUCGAUGCCGCUGGUGGUUUUGGCGGCACAUGGUACUGGAACCGGUACCCAGGUCUCAUGUGCGAUGUUGAAUCCUACACCUACAUGCCACUCCUCGAGGAGACGGGCUAUAUUCCGAAGCACCGAUACUCGUAUGGCCACGAGUUGCGAGCUCAUGCGGAUCGAAUGGCAGAGACAUGGGACCUGACGGAUAAGGGUGUAUUUCGCUCGCAGAUCAAGAGCUACGAGUGGGACGAGGACGCUAAGCGAUGGAUCGUGGUUAUCGAGCAGGUCCGCGGCCCGGACGAGUCGCCCAUCACAAUGACGGUUCGAUCACAGUUCGUCGUUCUCGCCAACGGCGUUUUAAACCAUCCCAAAGCGGCCAAGAACCUCGAGGCUUUCGAGGGUGACAUGUUCCAUACUGCGCGGUGGAACUACGAAGGAAAACGUGUUGGCAUCAUUGGUACUGGCGCAACCGCCAUUCAACUCGUUCCACAACUCGCCAAGUGGGCGAAGGAGCUCUAUGUCUUCCAAAGAACGCCGUCAUCUGUAGAAGAGAGAGGCCAGAGGCCUACUGAUCCAGAAGAGUGGAAGAAGAUUGCCGACGGCCCAGGCUGGCAGAGGCGUCGCCUCGACAACUUCAAUAACCUUGUUUCUGGCGGCGAGGCAGAAGACAACUUGGUAGAUGAUGGUUGGACGAAGAUUAAGACUUACAAAGGUCUUGUCGGCGCACCACACGAGAAGCCUCUUGGAUUGGAAGAUAUUCCCGGCCAUAUCGGCAGUCUUCUUGCCCUGGAUGCCCCGAGAUCAGAGAGGAUUCGACGACGAGUUGAGGAGAUUGUGAAGGACAAGUCAGUUGCUGAGGCUCUGAAGCCGUGGUACCCAUCAUGGUGCAAACGACCGACCUUCCAUGACGACUACCUCCCGGCGUUCAACCUACCCAACGUACACCUCGUUGAUACAAACGGCAAGGGAGUCGACCACGCCACCAAGAACUCACUAGUGGUCGACGGUACAGACUAUCCCCUCGACGUCAUUGUGCUGAGCACAGGAUACAGGCCCCCCGCAGCAGACAUGGCCGAGCCAUCAAGCAGGUCCAACAUGACCAUCAAGGGCCAGAACGGCGAGCUCCUGUCCGAGAAAUGGUCGAGCAAGGGCCCGUCUACCCUCCACGGCGUGCUCACCAAAGGAUUUCCAAACCUGUUCCUGACCGGCCCUUUGCAGAUCGGCGCCGCGGCAAACUUUGCUUACGCCCAGGACGUCAUCUCUCAACACUGCGCAUACAUGGUAGUCGAAGCUAUGAAGCGCGCGGGUAAAAGUACCGAUAAGGUUGUCAUAGAGAGCACAUUGGAGGGGGAAGAAGCAUACGUCGGUUUCAUUAUGCAACAUGCGGCUUGGUUCUCUAGCUUGUCUAUAUGCACACCAAGCUACAUGAACAAUGAGGGCGAAAAAGCCCCACUCGAGGCACAAAUGAAGUUGGCCAGAGGAGCGCCGUUUCCACAUGGUAUCAAUGCCUACGUAAAAUUCCUGGAGGACUGGCGAGCCAGUGGCCGGAUGAACGGUGUUGAGGUAACAGCAUAG